AUGUCUUACUCGGUUACCGGUGGCGGUGGUGGCGGUCAGACAGCGGUCGCUGCGCUACCACAUGGCUGUUCAACGAUCCCGAACACUCCCGAUGUGAUCAACUCACUCAUAUCCUUGAUGGAUCCAUUCCAAAAUUUCCCCGUCAACGGGUCACUCGCGUCUGAAGACUCGUCCGGCUCGACGUGUUCCCCCUUGUCGACGUUUUCCCCUGUGUCGACGUUUUCCCCUGUGUCGACGUUUUCCCCUGUGUCGACGUGUUCCCCAGUGUCUACGUGUUCCCCCGUGUCGACUUGUUCCCCCGUGUCGACUUGUUCCCCCGUGUCAACGUGCUCCCCCGUGUCGCCGACGGUCAGUAUGCAGAGCAUCUGUUCCAGUCUAAAGAUCAAGGAGGAGCUCAAGAUGGCCAUCCGGUCCAAGCAGAGGAACGCAGCGACGGCGACCGUAACAUCGAAGUGCGCUGGCGGAAGUCCGGUGGAGACUGGCGGACCGAUCACUUCCGGUGCGUGUGCCAUGAUUGUGGCGGCCACGGCAUCGGCUGGUCUGGCCGCAUCGUCGCCGGGCGGCGGACACGCGAAAAAACGAAGGACCGACGAGGAGUCUCACGGUGACGACGACUACGACGACGACGACGACGGAGAUGAUGUAUCGUCCCAUGGCGAAGGACUAACUGCCGAGGACGAGGAGAGGAGGAGAAAGCGGCGGGAACGCAAUAAAAUAGCGGCGACCAAGUGUCGGCUGAAAAAACGCGAAAAGACUACGAAUCUGAUGCAAGAAUCGAACGUGUUGGAGACGAAAAACUACGACUUAAAGUCGCAGAUCCAGGAGCUGGAGACGCAGCGGAACGAACUGAUGAAGAUGCUUUCGGCGCACCCUUGCGCCAAAAGGCACCCUCACCAACAGCACCACCAGCAGCACCACCAGCAUCAACCACAGCACCAACACCAGCAGCAGCUCCAAGAGCAGUAA